AUGCAACUGUCAUAUACGCUGAUAAGAACGAUAUUGUGUCUGAUGAUGCUACAUGUCUAUGAGUCACAAAAAAUCUAUUCCAUGUCUAUAAAUCCUUUUUCGGUCACGUGUGAGCUAUCAAAUUUGACGAAUUAUUUUAUCGAUCGCGUUGAGGGUUUAUUGUAUAUUCGGCCGUCUGAUUACUUGAAUACCAAUAUCUCAUGGAUAGGCUACAUUAAUUGUAACAAUUCAAAAGAUAUAAUACGCGAUAUAUUUUCGGCACAAAGUAACAAAGCGAUGGCAGUAGUCUUAUUCCCUGUCUAUGAAAAACCAUGUGAUGUCCAUUUGCCAAAAAAUAUAUCUAUACCAAUAUUCUUUGAGACUGAUGCGGAAUGCAAAAACUUUAUUUUCAAUACUCAAUUGGAUCGGUCACCUAACGCAUUUAUUGAUAAGAGAUCCGAUGACAAGGACAACAAAGAAAAAAAUAAAAUUAUAAUCAUAAUAUUUAUAAUUAUCGCAGUUAUAUUUGGACAAAUAGUUGUAUGUGUCCUAAAAUCUGCAUUUUGUUUAUCAAUAUUGGCAGACAACGAAUCCUCCAAUGUUAGAAAUAAUCGGAGUGAAAGGAAUAAAGAUAAUGGUAUUACCAACACUGUGUUGAAUAGCUUUCCUGUUUACUUGUAUCCGCGGAUUGAAGAUGACACCAGCAACGAUUUAGAGAAAGGAAAAUGUAAAGAACUAAUGAAAGAGUCUGAUCAAUCUCAUAAUGUAGGAAGGGAACUUGUUAGAGACAAUAGUAUUAUGAUAGAUGAUGAAAUUUUAGAAAUCCACAAACAAUCAACAUGCCCCAUUUGCUUGAAUGAUUUUGUACCUGGAGAAGAACUAAGAAUUCUACCGUGCAAUCACCAAUAUCAUAGGUAA